AAGGUCUUGGGAGUGGCAGAGAGAGCAAGGGAAGUGGAUGAAAAAAGACGAAGGAGGAGGACAACAAGGCUGAGCAGCCGUGAGCGAAUCAGGGAUUUAUUUCAAGUAUCUGCUGGCAAACAUCCUGCAGCCUACGGCAGCAGCAUGGCUGAGAGCUCUACGUCUACAUCAGAGGUGGAGAUGUCUUUCCACAAGUUUGCCAUUCAUGGAGACACCAAGGCGACAGGAAAGGAGAUGAACGGCAAGAACUUUGCAAAGAUGUGCAAGGACUGUCUCAUCAUUGACGGAAAGAAUAUUACCACCACAGAUGUUGACAUUGUCUUCACCAAAGUCAAGUCCAAGUCAGCUCGUGUAAUCACAUUUGAGCAGUUCAUCAUGGCCUUGACUGAGCUGAGCCCUAAGCGCUUCAAAGGGAAGAGCAAAGAGGAGGCACUCCAGCUCCUCUAUGGUCUCAUUGUUGGCAAGGAGCCUUUCAAUGCUGGAAUCACUAGACAAGCAAAGGCAGCAGCUGUGGACAGACUGACCGACACUUCCAAGUACACAGGAACACACAAGGAACGAUUCGAUGAAUCUGGAAAAGGAAAGGGUAAGGUCGGACGUGAAGACAUCCCUGACAUGAGUGGCUACGUCGCAGCUUAUAAAGGCAGUGGUACUUAUGAUGAUAAGGUGAAGGAAUCCUAAUUGGUUGGACACAAAAUAUUUAUGUGAUUUGGGCAGCUCUUUAUAUUCCGGUACAAUAAAAACAGUAAAGCAUAAAAAUGGAAUCGGCGCUAAAACAUGUGCAUUAUUAUGCGCAUACGUAUAUAAAACAUGAAUUAUACAUUUUUUUAUUUAUUUUUUCACCUGGUGUCAAGCAAUGCUAACGCAAGUGUUUUUAUUCCACGUGAACUUCUACAGUUCUAUUCUAUCUACACAAUAAGAAAAAAAUAAAAUAAAACAUUUGAAUCAGAGUGAAUAUUCAGAAUAUCACAACAUACAAUACUACUUAGACAUUUUGUGAACGUUGAGAGAUUUUGCUGAUCUAAAAGAACUGAUUCAAGAAAUAUGACACUGGUUCACAGUACCCAUCUCCAGAAAACAAUGCAUAUACUGCAUGGCCCCAUGAAGUUGUGAGUACGAUAGUGAUGAGAAUGACCCAUAUUAAUGGAAUGCUUGACUGUCAUGAUUUUCAUUAAACGUUUUUUUUUUCUCAGUUUUUCUCAGUUUCAAGACAUUUAUGAGGUAGUUACACAACAUAAAGAGAAGUGUAAAUGUCAGUGUACAGUGGGGCAAAUAAGUAUUCAGUCA